AUGGCUACAACUACUAUGAAGGCACUCAACUACCUCGGACCAUACAAGGUCCGGGUCGAAGAUGUCGAAAUGCCCAAGAUUGAACACCCGGAUGAUAUAAUUGUGAAAGUCACCACAGCUGCAAUCUGCGGGUCAGAUCUACAUAUGUAUGAAGGACGAACUGCUGCAGAGCCUGGAAUCACAUUUGGUCACGAGAACAUGGGAAUUGUAGAGGAACUUGGAGAGGGAGUGACACUGCUAAAGAAAGGAGACCGUGUAGUUAUGCCAUUCAAUGUUGCCGAUGGCCGUUGCCGUAACUGUGAAGAGGGGAAGACAGCAUUCUGUACCGGAGUGAACCCGGGAUUUGCAGGUGGCGCUUACGGCUACGUUGCCAUGGGUCCCUAUCGUGGAGGCCAGGCACAAUAUAUUCGCAUUCCAUAUGCCGACUUCAAUGCUUUAAAGCUACCGCCAGGCAAAGAGCAUGAAUCCGACUUUAUCCUUCUCGCUGAUAUCUUCCCCACCGGCUGGCACGGGGUUGAGAUAUCCGGGUUCCAGUCAGGAGAAAGCAUUGCUGUCUUCGGAGCUGGCCCUGUUGGCCUCAUGGCAGCAUAUUCGGCCAGUUUGCGAGGCGGGUCUAACAUUUAUGUUGUGGAUCGUGUUCCGGAGAGAUUACAGGCUGCAGCAAAAAUUGGUUGCAUACCGAUUGAUUUUACCAAGGGCGAUGCUGUUGACCAGAUCAUUAAUCACAACGGAGGGAUGGUCGACCGUUCGGUGGAUGCUGUUGGUUACCAGGCAGUCGAUCCUAACGGAUCUUCUGAGAAACCAAACAUCGUCCUUGAGAACAUGAUUCGCGUCACCCGUGCAUGCGGUGGAAUGGGAAUUCCUGGACUCUAUGUCCCUAGUGAUCCUGGUGCGUCUGAUGCUGCAUCGGCAAAUGGCAUGAUAAGCCUUAGCUUCGGAAAGCUCUUUGAGAAGGGUCUUUCUCUUGGAACUGGCCAGUGCAACGUGAAGGCUUACAACCGAUACCUGCGAGAUAUGAUCAUCGCCGGCAAGGCAAGGCCUAGUUUUGUCAUUUCCCAUGAGAUUGGUCUUGCUGAUGCAGAGACGGCAUAUGACAAAUUUGAUAAAAGGGAGGACGGAUACACGAAAGUAAUCAUUCAUCCUAAUGGGGGCUUUUGA